AUGGACACCCGUUCAAAGUGGUUUGACGGUUGGCAUUUUCCGCCACUCAAAGGUCACGUGGCUUAUCGUGACAAAGCCGCCAAUAAGUAUCCACGUGCGAACAGACGAUAUGCCGACAUCGAGUCGAGAAGACUUUCCUACAUAAUACGAGAUUCUCUUCCAAAAAAAGAAAAGCAACAAGCAUUUGUCACGAACUCUUCCAGAAUCUCCACUUGUCAACUACAGCGAAAGUUCAAGUUCUACGUACUUACAUCCAACUCCAUCGAAGGAUCGUCGCACGUCAGAGAAUUCAUUAUUCUAUCAACACUUAACCGUUCUCUUACCGUUAACUCAUCGACGGCAGUCAACCUAGCAUCUUUUAAACAACGUUGCCAGAGUAUCAAGCGAACCUUACCUCUCAUCCAAAGCAAAAAUCUGUAUCUAUCGAUCUAUCUCAUUCUGUUCGUAUCUAUCUAUCUAUCUAUCUAUCAAUCUAUCUAUCUAUCUAUCUAUGUUCAUCUCUCUCUUUCUUACUCUCUCUCUCUCUAUUUAUCUAUAAUACUUGAGAGGUACUAUUUCCGCCUGUUCUUAUCUAUCUAUCUAUCUAUCUAUCUAUCUAUCUAUCUAUCUAUCUAUCUAUCUCAGUCUGUUCGCAUCUCUCUCUCUAUCCAUCUCAAACUAGCCGUGGCCUUCUGCUUUUUGUCUGUUUAUUUUGUUUUACCUUCUUCGUUUUUCAUUUCUCUGAAACGAUUUUGUCUUUCGGAUUAA